AUGCGGUUCCUGUGUUUACAUGGUGCGAGCACCAAUUCCGAGAUCUUCCAGAUUCAGACCGGCGGUCUGCGUCAACCGCUCGAAGAGAAAGGUCACUCAUUCACCUUUUUGAAUGGCAAUGUCCCUUCGAGCUGCGAAGAGGGCCUCGAAGGCGUCGUAGAUGGCCCCUUCUACAGCCACUAUGCACGUGACCCCGCUCUGCCAGGUAUCCAGCUGGCCGAAGCCUUCGAGCACGUCCAGCGCGCGAUCAAGAGAGAAGGCCCCUUUGACGCCGUCAUGGGCUUUUCUCAGGGCGCCGCGCUUGCGGCUGCGCUCAUCGCCCACGACGCCAAGGAGAACCCCAGCGGACCGCCCUUGUUCCGCGCAGGCGUGUUUAUCUGCAGCGCAUCGCCGUGGGAGAGCUCCGGGUUGGAGCGCAUCGAGAGUAAACCCGACACUUGGGCGAUCAUUGUCCCCACGGCUCACAUUGUGGGUAAUUUGGAUUCCUUGUACCCGGAGAGUAUGAAGUUGUAUUCUAUUUGUGAGCCGUCCAAGGCGGCGCUCUGGGACACGGGAUCUAAACAUAUGAUUCCCUUUGAUCAGAAGAACAACCAGGCUAUGGUCCGAGUGAUUGAGGAAACGAUCGCAAAGGCUGCGAAGGCUUGA